AAUACAAACAGGGUCGCGUGCGUGCUGUCUGAUAUGCAUAACGAAUCAAAACUGAGCAUAAGCAAGCAUUUUGUUCUGAUUCGCGUCGUCGCGCGAUAAUCCUUAACAGAAAACAAAUUAGUGUUUAAAUAAUUUUAGAGUGCGUGAUAUUGAUGUUGAAAAAGUGACAAAAACAGUGCAAAGUGUACAAACACGAGGACAGUGUGGACGAGAGGCCCUUACAGGGCAUGGCGGCCACCACAUAUCUCCCGGCCAGCAGUGCAGUUACGACGGAUCUGGAAGGGAACGUCGUUGGAAUGAAUAUUGUUGGAGGCUACCAUUCCAGCGCCUCACCGAGGUCAGCAGCCGACGCGAACGAGAUGAAAUACCUGCCGCAACACCACCACAAUCACCACCAUCACAUGGCGAGCUCGCCCUCGCCCAGCGGACACACGGCCGUAUCGUUAUCGGCCAAUCCGUGGGUGAGUUUGCAGCCCGGCACCGAUCCGUGGACGGCUUCUAUGGGGAUGCACCACGCUCACCAUCACCACCAUCAAGACGUCAAACCGUUGACCCAACCGGGCGAUAUGAUGCACCAUCAGAGGCAGCAACAGCAAAGUAUGGGAUCGCCGCACGGCUGGCACGGACCAGUUUCUUCGGCCCAUUACAAUCCGGGAGGCGCCGGUUCGCCUUUGCAACAGUACCACGCCGCCAUGAACGGCAUGUUAGCCCAUCACCAAGCGGCGCCCCAGCUGCACCACCCCUUACAUAGAGAUAUGCAAAGUCCCCAUCAUCCCCAGCAUUCGGAUAGAGACGUCGGCCAAGGUGAAGAAGAUACGCCUACUAGCGAUGAUUUAGAAGCGUUUGCUAAGCAAUUUAAACAACGACGUAUAAAAUUAGGAUUCACGCAAGCGGACGUCGGUUUAGCAUUAGGAACACUUUAUGGUAAUGUCUUCUCCCAGACGACAAUAUGUAGGUUCGAGGCUUUGCAGCUCAGUUUCAAAAAUAUGUGCAAAUUAAAACCGCUCCUCCAGAAAUGGCUAGAAGAAGCCGAUUCGACGACGGGCUCGUCUACGUCCAUAGAUAAAAUAGCGGCCCAAGGGAGGAAGCGGAAAAAACGCACUAGCAUAGAAGUAUCGGUAAAAGGUGCGCUGGAACAGCACUUCCACAAACAGCCAAAACCCUCUGCUCAAGAAAUAUCAUCGUUGGCUGAUAGCUUACAAUUAGAAAAAGAAGUCGUCCGGGUGUGGUUUUGCAAUAGGAGGCAAAAAGAGAAGCGAAUGACGCCUCCGAACACGUUAGGUGGUGACAUGAUGGACGGUAUGCCUCCGGGAAGUCACAUGCACCCCAGUUACGGUCACCAUCAGGACAUGCACGGAUCUCCUAUGGGCCAGCAUUCGCAUUCCCAUAGCCCGCCUAUGUUAUCUCCCCAAAGUAUGGGCCACCAGUUGACGGCCCACUAGCAUCCGGCCCACUGGGCCUCUCUACUUCACAACAGUGACAACGGCUAGUGAUAAUAUCUUUUAAGAUGCGCUCGUCGCCGGUUUCCGUCGGCUUUUAAAACUUUCUUCACGCUACCUCAAAGCCAUGGCUGGAUUCUGAUGUCCUACUUCCAAGUCGUUGAGGAGGGUCCCAGUGGAUAUUAUGCAUUGGACGACUAGACUGUUAUUAUAAAUUAUACACUGUACAGUGAGAGUGAGUACCUUUAGACUAGAAAAAGGAUCGCGGUUGUUCUGUCUUUUUGGUCGUGUCCAUUACGAAAUCAAUCAAUCCAUCCCAAUCUUGACUUAUAUACUUGACUUAAUACUCAUAUUAUAAAUGCAUUCACUUAAAUAUCACCAAUUUUCUUGAUAUAAUUUUCUGGAUAUCUAAAUACUGGUUUGAGACAAUUUGAAAAAAAAUUUGAUUAAGUCCAUAACGUAGAUGGUACCUAUGAUAAAAUUAAGAUUUAUACACCUGUCGCCCGAAGAGAAAAUACAAUUGAAAAUUCUUAUUUAAUUAUAUUAAAACACUAGAAAUUUUCAUCAACAUAUUUUAUUAAAAUUUACUUGAAGUUAACUUUGCAUAACAAAGAUAGAAAAAAAUGUAUCACUUUUUUUUAUUACAUAUAUUUUAUUUUACUUUGCUAGUAAAUUAUUUACACGUUUAAAUCAAGGAGUAAUCUAAC